AUGGCGGGAAACAUUGUAGACCAGGAACUGCUGGACGCAGAGCGUGCUGCUUCUCCUCAGCGAUACCAACAGCGCGACAGCGCCGAGAUCGAGCGAGUCAUCUCCGCCUCGACCGUCUCAUCAUCCUCCUCCGAAAACUCAGCCCGUCGCCGAAGUCGCUCGAUCGGCCAGUACAACAGCAUCAGCCGCAUCUCAACACAGAACGACCUCGAGCGCCAUCCCACCGAACUCAGCCGAAUCCAAACCCACCGCAGCCAACACAAUGCCACCGUCGGAGGCAGUCUUCGCUCACGAACCGCCUCGCGCGCAUCGCGGAAGCCUCUGCCAAACUUUGGCGCUGGCAAGGCGUAUCCGCCUCCGCUGCCCGAGCAGGAGCAGUACGUCGUUGAGUUUGACGGGCCCAAUGAUCCUCUGCACUCGCAGAAUUGGCCGCUGAAGAAGAAGCUGAUUACUGCUGCUGUCUUGGGUUUCACCACCAUGACCUCUGCUUUCACAUCCUCCAUCUUCUCUGCUGCUACUAUGGUUGUCGCAGCAGAGUACGAUGUUGGCAAUGAGGUCGGUUUGCUAGGAACUACCUUCUACGUGCUUGGUUUUGCUUUCGGUCCUUCGCUAUGGGCUCCUCUGUCUGAGUUGCGCGGUCGUCGUCUGCCAAUCCUCAUCUCCGUCUUUGGUUUCUCUCUUUUUUCAAUUGCCUGUGCCACAGCCAAGGAUAUCCAGACUAUCCUGCUUUGCCGAUUCUUCAGUGGUUUCUUCGGUGCUUGUCCUCUUGCUGUCGUCGCGGCUGUCUUUUCCGACAUGUUUGACAAUCGUACUCGAGGUACUGCCAUCACUCUGUUCUCCAUGGCUGUCUUUACUGGUCCUCUUCUUGCUCCUUUUAUUGGUGGUUUCAUUGUCCAAUCUCACCUGGGAUGGCGCUGGACUGAGUACCUUGCCUCCAUCAUGGGCUUUUCCGCUCUCAUUCUUGAUCUCAUCUUCCUUGAGGAGACUUACCCUCCCGUCAUUCUCAUCUCCAAGGCCGCUGAUUUGCGACGCCGCACCAAGAACUGGGGUAUCCACGCCAAGCAGGAGGAAAUCGAGGUCGACUUCAAGGAGCUUGUGCAGAAGAACUUUUCGCGACCUUUGCGUCUACUCUUUACCGAGCCCAUCAUUCUUUUGCUCUCGAUCUACAUGAGUUUCAUCUACGGACUUCUUUACCUGUUCCUUACCGCCUACCCUCUCGUCUUUGUGGGCGUUCACGGCUUCAGCUCUGGUCAAUCCGGUCUCUGCUUCUUCGGCAUGAUCUGUGGUCAACUGAUCGCCGGUGCAUCGGUCAUCGCUCAGCAGCCUUGGUACAUCCGCAAGCUUACCGCGAACAACGGCAUUCCUAUUCCUGAGUGGCGACUUCCCAACGUUAUGGCUGGAGGUGUUGCUUUUGCCAUUGGUAUCUUCUGGUUUGGAUGGACUGGAUUCACUGACGACAUCCACUGGAUUGUUCCCACUCUGAGUGGUCUCUUCACCGGUUUUGGUCUCAUGUCCAUCUUCCUCCAGGCUCUCAACUACCUCGUCGACGCGUACCUCAUGUUUGCCGCUUCUGCCAUCGCAGGCAACACAUUCCUUCGAUCUCUCUGUGGUGCUGGUUUCCCUCUCUUUGCUCGGCAAAUGUUCGAAGGUAUGGGAAUUCAGUACGCUUCCACCCUUCUCGGCUGCGUCGCCGUUGUGCUUGCGCCCAUUCCUUUUAUCUUCUACCGAUACGGUGCCAAGAUUCGCCAGAGAAGCAAGUACGCUCCCACUGCUCCCCCACCUGCUCCUGGUUCCUCCGGAGAGGAUGAGAAGGAGACAGAUAAUGAGACCGCUCUGGCGGCUGUCGUUGCUAGACGAGAUAGUCUCGUCAGCGGUACCAACAAGGAGAGCGCUUAA